AUGUCUUCCCGCCGACAUCGUUCCUACUCUCGUUCACCUUCAGGCGAGCGAGAUCGCUCUCGUUCCCGCUCCCCUGGAAGAAACAUACCGCUUCCUAGCGGAGUAUCGCCCAUCUCCGAGUCAGACUACUUCCUCAAGAGCGACGAAUUUAGGAUAUGGCUCAAAGACGAAAAGCGCAAGUAUUUCGACGAGCUGUCAAGUGACAAGUCACGAAAAUAUUUCCGCAAGUUUGUAAAGGCAUGGAACAGAGGGAAACUACCAAAGGAUAUGUAUCAUGGUGUUGACACACUGUCAGCCAGCAGCCAAACUGCUUACCGAUGGUCCUUCGCGUCCAAAUCUUCGAGCGCCGACCAUGCCGCACUCCAAGCUGCACGCAACGAGGUCGGAGCAGCCACUCACAGCCGACAUGCUCAUUCGUCGUCGUCUGCCGGUGCCCGGCGCAUGCAAGGUCCUACUCUUCCCUCGCAGUCAGAUUUGACUCUGGCGCAAGAGGCCGCAGACGAGUACCGCGCCAUGGAACGCGGCUUCCAACGUAAGCGGGAUCGGAAAGAAGCCAAAGAGCGUGUGGAGGACAUGGCGGGCCCAAAAGAAGUUGGGAGAGAGGGCAUGUUAGAGAAGAAGCGUGCGCAAAGGGAAGGUGACAGAGCAUUUAGGGAAAAGGGAGACGAGGGAUUGGAAGUGGACGAUUCCACAUUGAUGGGAGGUGGCGAUAGUUUCAAGGACCGAAUUGCUCGCCGGGAUGCCGCACGCAAACGAUUCGAAGAAAAACGCAUGGGGGGAAAAGACGAGAGGAUAGUUGCUGCUCGUGAGCGAGCCGAUGCGAUACGCCAGAAGGACAAGGCGACCAUGGAUACGUUCAUGCAAAUGGCCAAGGACAAGUUUGGCUGA